CAAGCUUGUUAAAUUCCUCUUGUAAUUGUAUUUACCACUUGUUACCAAACGUUCUGCGUCAGAGUUUGGAAAUGUCGAAGUCAGGUGUAUACACCAAUGAACGCGCUGUUUCCCCACCAAGGGAGGCUGCACUUACGGAAACCUCUGGGUAUUCCUAUUCCAAACUCAAACAGCAUAUUGGAGCUUUGCUGACGGCUGCUUUUUCCCUUCUCCUCCUCAUACUGACCAUCGCGUACGCGUUGCGCUGGAUUGGAGUUUCUCGAUAUCGAGCGAUAGGAACUUCACGAACCUACACGAUCCUUAUUCUUCGUAUACUCUCGGAAAUGACGACCACCUUGUUAGGUCUCACACUCGCCUUCACGAUCGAGAGAAUACAAUGGCAUCAAAUUGUCCGCGAGAAGGGGCAGCCUUUCCUUAGCUUUCUGGGACUUGCUCAAGGUACUGGCAUCUUUGGCCUUGCAAAACUCUCGAUUAAGAAGGGACCAUUCACCGCAUCGUGGCGAUGGUGGAGUGCUUCACGAUUGCUCAUCAUCGCAACUCUGCCUAUUCUUAAUGUUGUUAUAUUCGGAAACAUACACACACGCCUCAGUUAUCGCAUCGAGACAACCAAGAGUGGAGCGUUCAACAUGGGUAUGGGCAACUUCAAUGUCUCUACCGCGCAGAACUUCGCAUCGCUUGCUGGUCUGAUCUUCGGAAUUGACUUUCCAGACUUCUUGUCCGACUCCAGGAUAGCAGUGGAUAUUACACCUUCGCGUGAAGAUACCGUCCCAUGCACCCUCGGUGUUUCGAAGAGCAGCAGACAAACAUGCAACCAAGUCUUCUAUGUACCAGGAACGUACGGAGAUCUUGACCUGCUAAAAAAUCAAACCUUGCCACACGCAGACCUCAUCGUCGUUCAUGACAUAAGGGGCUAUCAACUUGACUUUCACACGCCUGAAGAAAACAUCGACAUCGAAUUCAACUUGGAAAAUGACUGCGGUGUGUACGGAAACAACGUGGUCGCAUUCCAGAUCUGUUUCCAAGAUAAAGAGGAUGAAAUUGCAAUGCGGAUGAACACCUGUUACAACUUGACGGACACGGCUGCCUGCUUGUCGGAUACUGAAUGGCGACGCCUGCCAGGUGUUUCAAGCAAUCUGAAAGUCAAUGCUCGGCUAGGCACCGUAGGAUUUAGCCGCCUCAACAGCACAAUACAAACAUACGAACUCGCUGACGACGUAAAACCUGCCCAUGUUACCGCGGGGCAGCUUUCAGACGCUUUCUAUGGUUUCUUCACAGGGCGUAGCCGAGAGGAAGACAACGACAUACCGUCUGAAUGGACAGACCUCAUGGCGUCUGUGGACCCUUACUGUACAGCAGCCAUAACGAAGGCGCUCGCAACGUCUAUGCUCUUCACUCGCUGGUAGCGAAGGUGUUAUGGUGGUGCUCGAUUCCGAUAGCCAAGUCUACCCCAACCGUGGGAACCGAGACGUCUGACACGACCUUGAACUUAACAGACAUACUCAAAGAUGGUUUCGAUACAGGAGGGCAAGCAAGGUAUUCGCUUGCUACAACAACGUACGAACUUAUCGUUGGCAAGGAGACAAUUGUCGCGUAUAGUGUUUUGGGCGGCGUGGUG